AUGAGAAACGACAUCAAGUAUAUAUUGCAUGGCGGACUGUCUAAUGAGCGAAUAACCCUCAUGUCUUUCUCCCAACACACGCUCAAGCUCGCGAAUAAUUUGGAGUUCCGUUAUACAGAUAGCGGUGCCCCGGCCUUGUCGACUGAUUAUACGACUUUGGUUGGAAUUCAUGGGAUGGGGUUCAAUGGAGGUCAAGCUGCUUACGGGUUUGAACGGGUUCAUGAACACGCACACAAGAGCAACAUGCGGACCAUAUUCAUCAACCGACGCGACUACCGCGGCUCAACGCCGUACGCCGAGGAGGAGUUGGCCCACAUACGGUCUGGGAAAGAAAGCAUGUUUGCCGACUUGGGCCUGGAGGUCGCAAUGGUAUUGGAGUACUUCGUCGACGCUGGUAAGAUCGGAGGCGGUGGAAUUGUCGUGUUUGGAUGGAGUCAGGCCGUGCUGUGGGUCUUGCCGCUGCUGGCGACUGCGGAAGCAUUCGACGCAGGCUUGUAUGAGAAGUUGGAGCCUCAUCUUCGCGGUGUUGUGUUAUAUGACCCUGCCUUCAAAGUCCCAGAGUUUACACCGGUCUCAGACACUAGUGCCACAGCCGCCGAUCCAGAGAGCGCGGGGAAAGCAUUCGGGAAAUGGGUUAGCGGGUAUUUUCACCACCCUGGCGGCGUUCCGUCAUGGGAUGCAGCACCGACCCGGUAUACCCUGGACAAAUGGACCGCCGAAGAGGUUGAGCGAUGGUGCGAGCUCACGGUGGGCAUGAGGACUAUUCCAACUAGGUUUGUGGCGGUUGCAUUUGAGUAUCAGGCUGAUCUUCGCAGUGUCGAGGAAACAGCCCAGAUGAAUAGCAGUCUCGAAACGAUGACCAACAGAGCCUUUUUCGACGAUUCGAUGAUUUCGAAGCGCUUUCCUAGAGCGCAUUUCCUAUAUCUCCAUGGUACAGAGUCUCCCGCCUUGUGUGUUUCGGCGUAUGUCGGCUUCAAGGAGCGGACUGACAAAGACAAAACCUCGAGAAGAGUCACAUUCGCGGUGGUACCGGAGGCGAAUCAUUUUGUGAGUCGUUGGGUAGCCAUAUAUCGCCUAAUUUCCUUGCCAGAUGCACUAUGA